AUACUUCAUCACAAGCACAAGAAAUUUAGAACUAUUAAUUAUCUGAUUGGUUAGUCUUUCAGGAAACCGUGGGAAAAUUUAGUUCAAAAUAAUUGAAUAUUUCAAAAGGGCCAUCAAGAAAUGAAAACCACAAUGGGAGAAAAAAAUAUCUGUGGCUCACAUGCAUUUUGAUGGUGCAAGAAAAUGCAUCAUCUUAUCCAAUAUCAAUCUCCACAUUCCAUCCUCACCACUCAAUAUCUUGACUCAUUUGUUUCAGUUCUUGGCCAACAAAAUGACAAAAAACAAUACUUUCCCAAUAUUGAAUUCAUGUUCUAAAAAUUUAUAUGUUGGUAAGUUUUUUCAUUUAACUUUUUUCAGUUGCAGCAAUGGCGUCCCAUGCAGCUUUGGCCUCUUCAAGAAUCCCAGCCUGCACAAAGCUCCCUUCCAAGACCUCUCAUUCUUUCCCUGCUCAAUGCUUCUCAAAGAGAGUUGAAGUAGCAGAAUUCUCUGGCCUCAAAUCCAGUGGUUGUGUGACUUUUGCCAAGAAUGGUAGGGAAGCUUCCUUUUUUGAUGCAGUGGCUGCCCAACUCACCCCAAAGACUGCAGGAUCAGCUCCUGCUAAGGGAGAGACUGUGGCCAAACUGAAGGUCGCCAUCAACGGAUUCGGGCGCAUUGGGAGGAACUUCCUGCGCUGCUGGCACGGCCGCAAGGACUCCCCACUGGAGGUGGUGGUCGUCAAUGACAGCGGUGGCGUGAAAAACGCUUCUCACUUGCUCAAGUACGACUCGAUGCUAGGCACGUUCAAGGCGGAUGUGAAGACAGUGGACAACGAGACGAUCAGCGUUGAUGGGAAGCUCAUCAAGGUUGUCUCCAACAGGGACCCUCUCAAGCUCCCUUGGGCUGAGCUAGGCGUCGACAUUGUCAUCGAGGGGACUGGUGUUUUUGUGGAUGGUCCGGGAGCAGGCAAGCACAUCCAAGCUGGAGCCAAGAAGGUCAUCAUCACUGCUCCGGCCAAGGGCGCUGAUAUCCCGACCUACGUCGUUGGUGUCAACGAGCACGACUACGACCACGACGUUGCUGAUAUCAUCAGCAAUGCUUCUUGCACCACCAAUUGUUUGGCUCCCUUUGUCAAGAUUUUGGAUGAAGAAUUUGGCAUUGUGAAAGGAACUAUGACAACUACUCACUCAUACACCGGUGAUCAGAGGCUUCUAGAUGCUUCCCACAGGGACCUCCGGCGAGCUCGGGCGGCGGCGCUGAACAUCGUGCCGACGAGCACGGGGGCGGCGAAGGCGGUGUCCCUGGUGCUGCCGCAGCUGAAGGGGAAGCUGAACGGCAUAGCACUGCGCGUGCCGACGCCGAACGUGUCGGUGGUGGAUCUGGUGGUGAACGUGGCGAAGAAAGGGAUAUCGGCGGAGGAUGUGAAUGCGGCAUUCAGAAAGGCGGCGGAGGGGCCGCUGGCGGGCGUGCUGGCGGUGUGCGACGAGCCUCUGGUGUCAGUGGACUUCCGGUGCAGCGACGUGUCCUCCACCAUCGACUCGUCGCUCACCAUGGUCAUGGGCGACGACAUGCUCAAGGUCGUCGCUUGGUACGACAACGAGUGGGGAUACAGCCAAAGGGUUGUGGAUUUAGCUCAUUUGGUAGCCAACAAGUGGCCCACUGGCGUUGCAGACGCCACUGGAGACCCUUUGGAGGAUUUCUGCAAGACUAGCCCUGCAGACGAGGAAUGCAAGAUUUAUGAGUGAUACAUUUUCAGGAUUUUAAUUAAAUUCCUUAUUUUCUCCCAAUAAAUGGGAGCUCUUGUUUCUUAUCGGCCGGAGGAUUGUAACUAAGAUUUAUAAACUUAUAUUUAUAAUAUGACGUUUUUAAUCCUGAAAUCGUAUAACAGUUUAAUUUAAACUGUUAUACGAUUAAGGUAAGAGAUAAGAAUUAUAUUUCUUAUAGUUCAAAUUAAA